AAGAGCCGGCUGCCGGUCAGAUUGUUGGUUCGUUGAUUGUUGCUGGAGGAUCGUCGGCGAGGCAUCAAAACUCAGGGACGGAACAUUGAGCCGCCUCGGAUUUAAUUUAUUCAUACAACCUCAUCCGCACAUCAAGCAGAAGCAUGUCGGGCAAGAAAGCGAUCGGAAUUGACUUGGGAACGACGUAUUCGUGCGUGGCAGUUUUCCAACAUGGCAAAGUCGAGAUCAUCGCCAAUGAGCAGGGGAAUCGAACAACGCCUUCCUAUGUGGCUUUCACCGACACCGAGCGACUGAUCGGCGAUGCAGCAAAGAAUCAGGUGGCAAUGAAUCCGUCCAACACAGUUUUCGAUGCUAAACGUCUCAUCGGCCGCGGUUUCGACGACUCCGCAGUCCAAUCCGACAUGAAACACUGGAGUUUCGAUGUGGUCAACGUCGACACUAAGCCGAAGAUCCAGGUAGAAUACAAGGGCGAGACCAAACAAUUCUUCCCCGAGGAAAUUUCAUCGAUGGUUCUCAUCAAGAUGAAAGAGAUUGCCGAAGCCUACCUGGGCGGAGACGUGACCAACGCGGUCAUUACCGUCCCGGCGUACUUCAAUGACUCUCAACGUCAAGCGACGAAAGACGCCGGAACCAUCGCGGGUCUCAACGUCCUCCGAAUCAUCAACGAGCCGACGGCAGCGGCUAUCGCGUACGGUCUCGACAAGAAGGGGCAGGGUGAACGUAACGUCCUGAUUUUCGAUCUUGGAGGCGGAACUUUCGAUGUGUCCGUGCUGGCCAUCGAGGACGGGAUUUUCGAGGUGAAGUCCACCGCGGGAGACACCCAUCUCGGUGGUGAAGAUUUCGACAACCGAUUGGUUAACCACUUCGCGCAGGAAUUCAAGCGCAAGUUCAAGAAGGACCUCACCACAAACAAGCGAGCUCUCCGUCGUCUCCGAACAACUUGCGAACGCGCCAAGAGGACCCUCUCGUCUUCGACUCAAGCAUCGAUCGAAAUCGAUUCGCUAUUCGACGGACAGGAUUUCUAUUCGAACAUCACCCGCGCGCGUUUCGAGGAACUGUGCUCCGACCUGUUCCGCUCCACGCUGGAGCCAGUUGAGAAGGCAUUGCGCGAUGCCAAGAUGGACAAAGCCGCCAUCCAGGACAUCGUCCUGGUCGGAGGCUCGACCCGGAUUCCGCGAAUCCAGAAGCUCCUGCAGGACUUCUUCAAUGGCAAAGAGUUGAACAAAUCCAUUAAUCCCGACGAGGCCGUCGCCUACGGGGCCGCGGUUCAGGCUGCCAUUCUGAUGGGAGAUCAAUCCGAGGCCGUCCAGGACCUCCUGCUGCUCGACGUCACUCCUCUGUCCCUCGGUAUCGAAACCGCCGGCGGUGUGAUGACGGCCCUGAUCAAGCGGAACUCCACCAUUCCCACCCGUCAAACGCAAACAUUCACCACGUACUCGGACAAUCAGCCCGGCGUGCUCAUUCAAGUCUAUGAGGGGGAACGAGCUAUGACUAAGGACAACAACCUCCUGGGGAAAUUCGAGCUGACCGGCAUCCCGCCCGCGCCUCGCGGCGUUCCUCAGAUCGAAGUGACCUUCGACAUCGAUGCCAACGGUAUCCUGAACGUAACGGCUGCCGACAAGGCUGGCGGUAAGCAGAGCAACAUCACAAUUACCAACGAUAAGGGACGUCUCAGCAAGGACGAAAUCGAGAGGAUGGUGAAGGAAGCUGAACAGUUCAAGGACGAAGACGAAAAACAAAAGGGCCGCGUGUCGUCCAAGAACGGUCUCGAGAGUUUCUGUUUCAACAUGAAGACAACACUCGAGGACGAGAAGCUCAAAGAUAAGCUCUCAGCGGAUGAUCUGAAGACUGUCACCGACAGUAUCGAGGAUUGCCUCAAAUGGCUCGACGCGAACAAGCUCGCCGAAGCCGAAGAGUACGAACACAAGCAGAAGGAGCUCGAGAAGAUUUGUAAUCCGAUCAUCACGAAACUGUAUGGCGCUGGAGGAAUGCCCGGUGGCAUGCCCGGUGGCAUGCCAGGUGCACCUGGAGCCCCUCCCGCUGGGGACAACGCCAGUGCCGGGCCCACAGUCGACGAAGUUGACUAGUCGCUGAGUUGAUGAAAUAGUAAGAUUCUUUCCAAUUGAACAGUUCAUCAUUCAACUCGCUCGCGGGGUCGCCUGAUAUUUUAUCUCUCCGUCGGCCAACAAAUCCUCGAGCAACACGGAACCCCCUCGCUUGCUCUUCUCCCUGCUGGGAAAAUCUCAGGGCUGUCAACUACCACGGAUACGCACCCAUUCAUAUACUAUCGAAUUCGAGAUUCUUCUCAGAACCAAAGCAGCAAAUUCGCUAAUAAAAUAGUAACUGUGUUUUUGUUGAUAUUCA